UGUGCAGAUACAAAAGCGUGAAUUUGCUUUGAUUCAGGACAUCAGUCUGAACUCUUUCAUUUCACUGAAGAUGACUUCCUAAAAUCUAACCAUGAAUAUGUUAGGAAACACUUUUCAAAAACGUUAUCAUGAAAAAGUUCUUUAACCACUUUGGAUGAGCUUUAGAUUUUAUUCGCGAAAAGAAAAUACCAAGAAAGUUGGGAUAAUAAGUGACGUUUUGAGUGAAAGAUUUUGUAUGAUUGACCAAGCCCUGAGGUGAUUGCGGAAGCCAGUAAACUUAACAAGUCUAAUGUCAAAGAUGAACGCCAGUAGAGAACUUUGUCCGGGGAUGACAAUGUCUCACAACAGAAACCCAGCAUAUUUCGACCCUACUACUGGUGUCCUCAUCUGUAUACUAAACGGUUUACUUGCCGUUCCAACAACUAUUCUAAAUUUUCUUCUUAUCGUCUCUAUUCUCUCAACUCCAAGUCUCCGCAAGCCUUCCUUCGUCUUGAUCUGUGCCUUGGCUUUCACGGAUUUUGGCGUUGGAAUCCUGGUUCAGCCUUUGUACAUUGCUCGUAAAGUGUCUUUUCUCUUGUCUUCCUUCGAGACGUACUGUUUCCUGCUCAAGACUGGUAACGUGGCUGCACACAUUAUCAUGUGCCCUUCAUUCUUUAUUGUAACAGCCAUCAGUGUAGAUCGUUACCUUGCAAUCAAACUACAAAACAGAUACCACACGUCAUUAACCAACAUCCAUAUCCUGGAGUACCUCGCAUUUACGAUGGUUUGCGCUGGAUGCGUUACGUACUCGCGCUUUCAAACGACAAGUCCCAAAUACAUGAGCAUAGCCGCAGCUCUAUUGUGCAUUUUUCUAUCAAUCAUAGUAUAUUGCUACUCAAAAUCUCUAAAAGGUCUACGAGCAAUCCAAGUGCAAGUCCCCAGACGAAGACAAGACUGGUCGAAGAAGUGUAGCAGACACCAACGCGUACUGCAAACCCUGGUCAUGAUCGUUACUUGUCUGGUUUUCUGCUACGUCCCUUUCGUGAGUGUUAUAAUAACUAUCGCAGUCUAUGGACGAUCCAAGGAGUUCAUGAUUGCAUGGGAAGUCACACUGACUUUGAUGUAUUUGAAUUCGUUUUUGAACCCUAUUCUUCACUUCCUGCGAGUCAAGGAGCUACAACAGGCCUGUAUUGCUGUCCUUGGAAAAAAUAACUGGUUGAAAGAUGAGCACACAGAAGAGACGACUUACAUCCCAGGAGCAUUUACAAUUAUGAACCACGCUACAGUCGAUGAAAGGGAAUUCGUUAGCAAAGAGCCAUGAAGAAAGCAAGAAAGUUCUAUCAUUAGACGUCAUUCUCUUGUCAAGACAUACGUAAUCUUAUUGUCAUUACAAUUUUCUAGGGAUUUGUUAGCAAAAAACCAUGGAGAAAGCAAGAAAGUUCUUUCAUUAGACUUCAUACAAGUCUCUUAGUUUCAAGUUUACAGAUGUUUAUGACAAAGUAAAUUAAUACUGAUUUCGCUUCACGCAUAUACGUUGAGUGUGUAGCGUUCAAUUGACGAAAGAAAACCUCUUGAAAGUUAUCAAUGAAGUUGAAGCGCUGAGCUAGCUUGUGAAAAUCUCGAGGAAAUCCGUUCGAUGCUUUUCAACUUUGAAAAAUAAAAUAUACGAUUAUUUUUACGCACUGAAUAUCUAUUUCGGUGUCUUUUAUGAAGUCAGGGCAUUAUUUAGAGUUUAGUGCUCCAGCUGUAUUCUUGAUGGGUUCUUCUAGCCUUGAGAGCUUUGAUGAAAGAGUGUAGAGAGAAAAAAAAACUAAUUUGAAAAUUAAAAGAAAACAUGAUAAAAUGAAUUCGCAUUUAUCUUUUUAAUCAUGACAGCUUUUUCAUUUAGGUUAAUUUAUUUAUCGACUGUUAUGGAUGGCAAAUGUCACGUAGUUGGUAGGAUGGCAUAAAUGAACGAAAAUACACAACGCCAAAAAUAAAGAAUUUUUUAAAAAAGGGCGAAAAGAAAAUACGAAUUUAUGAAAGAGAAAGAAAGAAAAAGGCUGCACUAAAAUGGCUUUCAAGUCCCGUUUCUCUCGGGAUUCACGCGGGACAAACGGUUCUUCAUUAGUUCGUAAACACAUCAAAUGACAUGGCGUCAUUUUGUUUUAAAAACGAGAGUCCGUUUGAUGAUUUUAUUCGCACCAUACUCGGAACGUUAAAAGACAUAGACGAAGAUCGUGUUAAAUUAAAGCAAUAUGCUUGAAGGAAAUAUCCAAAACGACUUUCGAAACUCUGCGAUUUCUAACGCGACACCAAAAAAG